UGACAGUUUGAACCGGUUCCAAGACGUGACGCGCUGCCCCCUCCACCCCGGUGGGUCGCCUUUCUCCGAUGCAGGCGGGUGAAACUUCUUCCACAUUUGCCCUCGGUUUUAUCCUGCUGGCGCGCACAAAUCUGAUUGACCCGAGGGAUAAUUCCAGAAUGGCAGAAUGGCAUCGUAUAUAACGAUCGCCCUAUUCCACAUAGGCAGCGUCUGAUCGGGAUGGGUAUCGAUCAGAUAUCGGGACGUGACUCACGAUGGACGACACCGCAUAUCUCCGCGGAAUAUUUUACGUAUCAUCGAAGAUAAGGCCGGGCAGGCAAUCUGCUCCAGUCUUGGCCAGCGGUUGAGGCCCGAUGUCUGCGUCUACAUAAAGCGGGGUCGUCCCUCGUGCUUCCCCUCCACUGUGCCCGGACCGCGCGAGGACAAAAUGGCAGACCAUCUGGCAGUCAGUGAUAGCGUGACUCGGGAGAGAAACAUCGAGGCCCAGAGUGCCUUUGCCUCUACCCUGGUGCACGAUGUGGAGAAGGCGCCUCAUCCCAAGGAAGUGCCUGCCGACAAGCCACACACCAAUGUUUAUGGCUCGACCAUCGACACCGCUACGUCUCUGGCCGGAACGGAUGCCGUCUAUGCGGCCAAGGCGGCGCUUCUAAACCAAGCCCUGAUGGACAUGGGCAUGGGUCUUUACCAAUGGAUUUUGUUCCUCAUCACCAGUGUGGGAUGGUUCUUGGAUAGUUUCUGGUUAAUGUCCUUCACCGUCAUCGCCCCCUCCAGCGCCAACGAAGCCCAGUUCUUCUACUCCGACAACAAAGAGGCGUAUCUGUUCAUCAGUCUCUACGUCGGUCUGACUACCGGCGCCACGGCCUGGCCUUGGAUGUCCGACAUGCUGGGUCGGAAGUGGAUCUUCACCAGCACCCUGGUGCUGAUGGGCAUGGGGGGUCUCGUCGGAGCCGGCAUGCCGGCCUUUACUGGUCUCUGUGUCGUUGGCUUCGUGGUCGGCUUUGCCGUGGCCGGCAACCAGGCCGUGGAUGCGAUGAUUCUGCUGGAAUCGGUGCCGGCCUCCCACCAGUUCCUGGUCUCCAUGCAGGGUGCUUUCUGGGGACUGGGGCAGUUGGUGGCAUCGGCUGUGGGAUGGGCAUUCAUCGCUGUUUACACCUGCGGCACCGGGCCUGACGAGGUCAGCACCGGAACGGCCCUGGCACAUCAGUCGCGCGCCACCCAUUCCGACAGCAGUAGCAGCAGCAGCAGCAGCAGCUCGUGCCACUACGUCUCCAACAAGGGCUGGCGCUACGUGUGGUGGACCUUUGGCUGCAUGACGCUGUUUCUGUAUCUGUGCCGAUUUGCGUUCCCGCUGCGGGAGACGCCCAAGUAUCUGCUGUCCAAGCGUCGCGAUGCCGAGGCCACCCAGAUCGUCAAGGACAUUGCGGCGUACAGCAACCGCAAGACCUGGCUGGAGGAGUCGUCCUUUGCUCGCAUUGAUUCGACUGUGGAUGCGAGCGCUCCGGAGUCUCGUCGUCAGUCGCGGACCAAGUCGGUGGUGUCUUCUGUCGGGGGCAUCGGCCUGGCCAUGCUCGGUCUGCUCUGGGCCGUGACUGGAUUGACCUUUAUUCUGCACAAGUCCUACAUCAGCACGUACCUCGCCACCAAGGGUGUCUCCGCCGUGACGGCCACCAGCGUGACCACUCCGUACCUGUACAGCCGCUACCUGUACGUGGCGCUGUGUGCCAUUCCGGGACCGAUCGUCGUGGGUCUCCUCAUCGAGGCCAAGGGUCUGGGGCGCAAGCGCACGGGCGCCAUCAUCGCCGUGCUGACGGGGUUGUUCAUGUUCCUGGCAACGGUGUCUCGGUCCCGCAACGCGCUGCUGGCGUUCGAGUGCAUCCUGUCGUUCUUGCAGACGGCCACUCUGGCGGUGCUCAUCACCUACACGGUGGAGGUGUUUGCAGCGCCCUUCCGCGGCUUGGGACUGAGUGUCAUGGGGUUCUCGUGGGGAUUGUUCGGACUCAUCGCAAGCAUUAUCACCACGUUCGAGGGAGGCGCGGCGGAUGGCGCGGCGGUGUGGUUCUGUGGUGCGAUCUGGGUGUUGAUGGGGGGUGCCUGGCUGGCGGUUCCGGAGACGAAGGGACGGGCGGCAGCGUGAUGCCGGGAAUGAUACUGCGGUGAUAUUGCAGGGAUGUGAUGGUGAUGACUGACGGUGAUGAUAAUGGACGUGCAUCCACGACUGACGAAAGACUGAUGAAAAGGCUGGUAUCCAG